CGAGCUGUGCAGGAGAAACACAAGUGUUGGAGAGCGGACAGGGAGUUUCCAUUUGAUGGUAGAUGUGCCUCUGCGAGUCUUAACAAGGCUGGAAUAAAUUGUCCAACUCCUGAGGCAUCUGGUGAAGAAUGGAGUGGUAUGUCCUGAUGGUGAUGCUGAGCUUGCCAACCUUCAUCCACACAGAUUGCUCUUCACAGUGUCAGAAAUGUGUGCAACAAAUCGUCAGCCACGACGCCGCCGUCAGCAGCCUGUCGUGCAGUGUGGAGUGUGAGGCGCAGCUGGAAAGCUGCGGCCAGGCUCCUGGGCUGGCGGACUUCACCCAGGAUGAAGCUGAGGAAGAGGAGGAGAGUCAGCAGGCCGACCUGGUCAAACGCUACGGUGGCUUCAUCAAGAGGAUCGAAAAGAACAAGAAUUACAAUUACAUUCUGAAGGCCGGAGCGCUUCCCAAGAAAUACGAGGACUUGUUGAAGAGGCUGGAGGAGAGAGAUGUAGACGCGCCGGUGGACGCAGACGAUGUUCCGGAGAAUCAGAUGCUCCAUAGUUAUGUUAAACGUUACGGCGGCUUUUUACGCAAAUUCGGACCCAAGUCAAAGAGGAGUAGUUCCGUGGAGCAGGACACCCAGGAGCCCGAGGAGCUGCAGAAGCGCUACGGUGGCUUCAUGAGGAGGAUCCGACCAAAGUUGAACAACCUGAAGUGGGACAAGCGGUACGGAGGCUUCCUACGCCGCCACUUCAAAAUCUCUGUGCGCUCAAUCGAGGCGCCAUAUUACUCCUAUGACGACUUGAGCCUAUAGAUGAACCCCGCUGAAAAAGAAAAACUAGAAAGAACUUGUGCAGGUUAACUUAACAGGCCAAUAUUUAUCCAAAAAGUAUCAUAUGCUUGCCUAUCUUGCUUGUAGCCUACUCAGUUGCCUUCUAUGUAACAACUCUCAUCUCUGUUAUUGGCAUCAU